GUGUGUGUGUGUGUGUCGAGGCAGAGCUGGAGCUGGUGGCUGUUUCAAUCAAAAGGGGGACUCAGAGAGGGAAGGGAGUGCUGCUCUGCGGACGGAGAGAUGUAAGAUGGCAGAGCUACAAAUGUUGUUAGAGGAAGAGAUCCCAGCUGGAAAAAGAGCGCUUGUGGAGAGUUACCAAAACCUCACCAGAGUAGCAGACUACUGCGAGACCAAUUAUGUCCAGGCCCAGGACAAGAGGAAAGCUCUGGAGGAGACCAAAGCCUACACCACCCAGUCCCUGGCCAGCGUGGCCUACCAGAUCAAUGCCUUAGCCAACAAUGUACUGCAGCUGCUGGACAUCCAGGCCUCGCAGCUGCGGCGCAUGGAGUCCUCCAUCAACCACAUCUCCCAGACGGUGGACAUCCAUAAAGAGAAGGUGGCCAGGCGAGAAAUCGGGAUCCUGACCACCAACAAGAACACAGCGAGGACUCAUAAGAUCAUAGCACCGGGUAAUAUAGAGCGGCCGGUCAGGUACAUCAGGAAGCCCAUUGACUACAAUGUACUGGACGAUGUGGGCCAUGGUGUGAAGCAACAUGGAAACAAUCAGUCAAUCAGAGGAGGAGGAACACUAUCGAGGACCAAUCCGCCAACGCAGAAACCACCAAGCCCUCCCAUGUCAGGGCGUGGCACGCUCGGACGCAACACGUCCUACAAGACCCUGGAGCCGGUGAAGCCUCCAACGGUGCCCAACGACUACAUGACCAGCCCCGCCCGAAUAGGCAGCCAGCACGGCCAGCAGCACAGCCCCGGGCGCACGGCGUCGCUCAACCAGAGGCAACGCACGCACAGCGGGAGCAGCGGGGGUAGCAGCAGCAGGGAGAACAGCGGCAGUAGCGGUAUUGGCAUUCCCAUCGCCGUGCCUACACCCUCCAUCCCCAACUCUGGACCAGUCCCGUCCAUGUCCGCUCCCCCGGGGGCUCCUCCACCUCCCCCACCCCCUCCUCCUCCUCCUGCUCCUCCUCCUGCUCCACCUCCUCCUCCUAUGGCCGGGUCUGGCCCUCCACCAGCACCGCCACUGCCAGCAGCGGUGGCCCCUGGGCCUGGUCUGGGCCCCGCUCCAAUGUCCCAGUUUGGAACCAUCUCGCGGCAGAUUUCACGGCACAACCCCUCCAACUCCUCUGUCUCUAUGGUUUCGGCCACGGGCACCUACCGCCGGGCACCGUCGGUCACUUCGCAGUUCUCCUUGCAGCAGCAGCAACAACUACAGCAGCAGCAGCAGCAGCUACUACUACAGCAGCAGCAGCAGCAACAGCAGCAACAGCAGCAGCCUCAUAUUAACGGAGGCACUCCUGGCUACAGCCAGAACUCAAUGUCUAUCGCUCCUCCUCCGCCUCCCAUGCCCCAGCUGACUCCACAGAUACCUCUGACUGGCUUUGUGGCCAGGAUGCAGGAGAGCAUUGCAGAUACUCCUACUCCACCUCCCCCUCCACCUCCAGAUGACUUGCCUCUGUUUGACGAUUCUCCUCCCCCUCCGCCACCUCCUCCAGUGGAUUAUGAGGAGGAGGAUGCUGCUGUCGUGCACUAUAAUGACCCCUACGCUGACGGAGAUCCGCAGUGGGCGCCCAAGACUUAUGUUGAGAAAGUGGUGGCCAUCUAUGACUAUUGCCAGGACAAAGACGAUGAGUUGAGCUUCAUGGAGGGGGCGAUCAUCUACGUCAUCAAGAAGAACGACGACGGCUGGUUCGAAGGCGUCUCCAACGGCGUCACCGGCCUCUUCCCCGGCAACUACGUGGAGAGCAUCAUGCACUACGCCGACUGAAGGGACCUCGCAGUAACAAUACAGUGUAUUUAUUCAGUCAUAUCAUAUCCACCCAGAGACCGACGGCAGCAAACCGACUCCCGAGACGCAUUAGACGUAACUGUAUGAUCUCCUUUUGAUAUGACACUCAAUCUUCUUUCCCAUACUGAUUGCAAAUAAAAUGAAAAGUAAUAUCUA